AGAGUUGGCAAAGCACUGAAGGAGACAGAAGAAAGAAAGAAAGGGGCAUGGAGGGUCAGGAACUGCCUUAUGUGCUAGUUGACUCUAUAGGAGGGAGACUUGGAGUAUAUGAAGAUCAUCUCAGAUUUCUGAAGAAACGUUUUCAUCUCAUCACCAUGGAAGAUUAUCUUGAAAACAAGACAUUUCUCAGCAAAAAGAUCAGAGCGAUCUAUAUGUGGUAUCACAAACCAGCUAUUAAUGAAGAGCUGCUCCAGAGCUUGCCUAACUUGAAGGUAGUUGCAAGUGCUGGAGUGGGAACAGAUCACUUGGAUCUGAAACUCCUCUUCAGCUAUGGUGUGAAGGUGUCCAAUACUCCAUUUAUUGUUUCCACUGACACUGCAGACAUGGGGAUGGCUUUGUUGCUGGCCUCUUCCAGGAGACUUCUGGAAGGCCAUGAGAUGGCAGUCUCCCCUGACACAGAGUAUUUCCCUGCUGACUGGCUGGGGGUUGAGGUUUCUGGAGCAACCCUGGGGAUCCUGGGAAUGGGCAAAAUUGGUUACAAAGUGGCCGAAAGAGCCAAAGCCUUUGAAAUGAAGAUUUUGUACCACAACAGAAAUCAGAGAAAAAAGGAAGAAGAAAGUGCUGUUGGAGCUGUUUACUGUAAGAAGGUAGAUGAUUUGCUCCAGCAGUCAGAUUUUGUAUUAUUGGCUAUGAACCUAACUCCACAGACACACAAACUGAUUGGGAAGAGUGAGCUGGAGCUGAUGAAACCCACUGCUACUCUUAUUAAUAUCAGCAGAGGUCUGGUAGUGGAUCAGGAUGCUUUGGUGGAAGCCCUUCAAAACAAAGUUAUUAAGGCAGCUGCUCUGGAUGUGACAUAUCCUGAACCUUUGCCAAGGGAUCACCCCUUGUUAAAGCUGAAGAAUGUUAUAAUAACUCCUCACAUUGGAAGUGCCACCAAGAAGACACGCUGGGUUAUGAUGGAGGAAAUGGCAAAAAGCAAAGAGGCAGGCCUGGCGGGUCUUCUUAUCCCUCGUGAGGUGCUGCCCUAAAGCAGCUUGCAUGUAGGAUUAAUGCCAUCAGUGCAGAAACAGUAAUUUGAUCACUUUUCCUGUAAUUAUGUUGUGUAAUUUUGUGUUAUGCAGAUAAAAUAUAUAAAGCACAGGUUCAAUUUA